CCACCGCGGCUCCCCGCCGCGGGAUCCCUGAAGGAAGUCCCGCUCCGGGCGCGGCCUCAUUGGGCCCAACCGCGGGGCUCUCCCCUCCCUUCGGAGAGGCAGCGCCGGAGCGCAUUGGGCGCACGCGGUGUCCGUCCGGCCCCGCCGGGCGCUCCGCUUCCCUCCGCCCGCCCCUCCGCUCCCGGAGCCGGGCAGCGCCUCACUGGGCGGGGCGGCCGACGCCCUGGUAGGGAGUGACAAGGUGGAAGGAUGAAGGAACCCAUUUGUCCGCCUUGCCGUGCGCUGGCUGCCCUCGCCAGUUCGGGCUGCACUGGGCCCACCCAUGGCCUUCAGCUCCUCCAGGGAUGGAGGUGUGCUGCGUUGUGUGGCCUCGGCCUUUCCCUUCUCCCAGAGUCGAGCUCAGGCCGCUGCUGAGUGCGUGGCGCGGCUGUGUGAGCGCAGCGUUCCCCAGAGCCACUUCAUGCGUCUAAAGUGCACGGAUGGCGCCGAUGUGUGGAUUUCUCAGCAAAGGCAGAGCAUCCCUGCUCACUGUGAAAGAAGCUGCUCUUCUUCAUUACACAAAGUGCUUCUCUCUGGUUGAUGUGAGGUUUUCGGAGAGGUCCUGCUUCCUGCCAUCCAGGCCUCAGAGCUGGAGCCGGCCAAACGUCUGCCCCGUGUUGGAGCUGGCACUGGUGGGACACCAACAGCCAUGUGUGCAGGCCUUCAGCCGCAUGGUCAAGAUGUGGAAACAGGGCUGCACAGGGAGGAGGUGGUGCAUGGGAUACGAGAGGAGGUCCGGUUACUACACUGUGUACAAGCAGGUGUACAGAAUGGAGCACCAGACUGUCUAUAAGUGCUGCCCUGGGUGGGCUCAACACAACAGCGAACCUGGCUGCUUGCAUAUGCUGUGUGCUGCUGACACUUGCUUCAAUGGAGGGAAGUGUUCUGAAGAAGGAUCUCGCAUGUGCCAGUGUCCUGCAGGAUUUCAGGGUCCUCGCUGCCAGUAUGAUGUAAAUGAGUGCAGCACUGAGAACGGAGGCUGUCAGGACCAGUGCUGUAACACCAUCGGCAGCUACCACUGCAAAUGCCCAGCUGGCCAGAAACUGGGGGAAGAUGGGAAAUCGUGCGGAGAUGUAGAUGAGUGUGCAGAGGUGAAUGGAGGCUGCCAGCAGGGCUGCAUCAACACCCACGGCUCCUUCCACUGCCACUGUCAGGCAGGACACAGGCUGCACGCCGAUGGGCGCACGUGCUUGCUGAUAGACCCCUGCACAAGUGGGAAUGGAGGAUGCUCACAAAUCUGUCAAAAUGAGAGAGGAACUGCCAAAUGCGAGUGUCAUCCAGGGCAUUAUCUUUCUGCAGACAAGAAGUCCUGCUUAGACAUUGACGAGUGUGCAGAAGGGAGAGCCAGGUGUGCUCAUCGCUGUGUGAACACGCUGGGAUCCUUCACCUGUGCCUGUAAUCCCGGCUUCGAGCUGGGGGCUGAUGGGAAGCAGUGCUACCGCAUUGAAAUGGAGAUAGUGGACAGCUGCCAGGAGGACAACGGUGGAUGCUCCCACCGCUGCGAGCACACAGCAGCGGGGCCACGCUGCUCCUGCCACGACGGCUACGUGCUCGACUCAGACAGCAGGACAUGCACAGAUCUGGAUGAGUGCGAGACCGGCGAGUCGUGCUGCUCCCAGUUCUGCAUCAACUACGUGGGCAGCUACGAGUGCACCUGUAGGGCGGGCUUCCAGCCCAGUGCCGACGGCUGCGGCUGCGAUGACGUGGAUGAAUGUCAUCUGGAGAAUGGCAAGUGCGACCACGUCUGCGUUAAUUCCCUGGGGUCGUACGAAUGUGCCUGCAAGGAGGGCUACCGGCCGGGCGCUGACCGACGCUCCUGCAUCGCACUAGGUGGGGACGCAGCGGUGUCGGGCUUCGCGGGGGCUCCGGGGCUGCAGUUCAGAGGUGCCCCCCAGCUCCUGCACUACGUGCUCGGGGCCCCGCGGGAGGACGAGGAGCGGCGAGGGGAGCUGACGUUGGUGCACAGAGCCGUUUGCCUCGAUAACACUUUUGGCAAUGACUGCAGCUUGAGCUGUGAGGAUUGUAUGAAUGGAGGCAGAUGUAACAGCGAGAACAGUGGCUGUGUUUGCUCACCUGGGUGGACCGGCAUUAUCUGCAAUGAAACCUGCUCCCAGGGGACGUACGGUGACGGCUGUGCCAGUGUCUGCUCAUGCCAGAAUGGAGGCUCCUGUGACCCCAUCACGGGGCUGUGCCGCUGCCCGCCAGGAGUCCAGGGGCCAUUUUGUGAGGACGGUUGUCCCAGAGGAUUCUUUGGGAAGAACUGCAACAAACCAUGCAACUGUGCCAACAGCGGCCACUGCCACCGGUUAUACGGAGCCUGCUUAUGCGACCCCGGGCUGUACGGACGCUUCUGCCACCUCACCUGUCCCAGGUGGGCCUUCGGCACGGGCUGCUCGCAGGAGUGUCAGUGCGUGAAGGAGCAUGCUCUGGGAUGCAGCGCACAGAACGGGACCUGCACCUGCAAGCCUGGAUAUCACGGCAAGAAGUGCCAGAAAGCAUGCACACCUGGCUUUUAUGGGGCCGGCUGCAAACUGAGGUGCAACUGUUCCACCGAUGUUUUGUGCGACCAUGAGACGGGAGCCUGCAAGCGUCCGUGCCCGCCUGGUUUCCAUGGAGUAAAAUGCCAUUCCUCUUGCCAGCCUGGGAGUUUUGGGGUGGACUGCAGGCAGAGCUGCAGCUGCGGGGGAGCACCCUGCGACCCAGAGACCGGGCGUUGUAUCUGCCCAGCUGGGAAAACUGGUGCCAUGUGUGAGAGAGCCUGCCCCGAUGGAUACUAUGGGCAAAACUGCCUGCUGCCAUGCAACUGUGGCAGUGAUGCUCCAUGUCACCACGUCACUGGGGAGUGCAUGUGUCCCCCUGGCUGGACUGGCCACGACUGCAAGCACCCCUGCAAUAGCGGCCACUGGGGACAGCACUGCAAAAACUCCUGUGCCUGCAAUAACAGCGAUGGGAGCUGCGAUCCUGUCACCGGGUCCUGUUUCUGUGAGCCAGGAUUCACUGGGAAGCACUGCGAGCAGAGAUGCCCUGAGGGAAGCUUUGGCCCCAGCUGCGUGCACAGCUGCCAGUGCCAGAACGGAGCCGCGUGCGACCACGUGAGCGGAGCCUGCACGUGCGGUGCUGGAUGGACCGGGACCUUCUGCGAGAAAGCUUGCCCAGAAGGAUUUUUUGGGCUUGACUGCCACCAGGUGUGCAACUGCAAGAACGCUGCGGGCUGUGACCAUGUCCUGGGGACGUGCCGCUGCCUCCCGGGCUGGCAGGGCAAGACCUGCGAGCAGCCGUGCCAGGGGAACAGGUACGGGCAGGGCUGCGCUCACACCUGCAGCUGCCACAACGGAGCACUCUGCCACCACGUAACGGGGACGUGUGCCUGCACCCCGGGCUGGGGAGGAGCCACCUGCCGAGAAGCCUGUCCCCCAGGGUGGCACGGUGCUGGCUGCCUGCAGCGCUGCAUCUGCCACGGCCAGGCUGCGUGUGACCCCGUGAGCGGCGAGUGCCAGUGUCCCAAGGGCCGGACGGGGACAUCUUGCGAGCUCGGUGAGUGUUCUCAGUCCUUUAAGACUCCUGUGCCCCAUCUCACUGCGCUGUCACCACGCUGUCUCGUUGCAGAGUGUGAGGACGGGAGCUACGGAGCGGGCUGCAGGCAGAACUGCAGCUGCCACCACGGGGAUUGUGACCGGCACUCGGGGAAGUGCCUGUGCCACGCCGGCUGGACCGGGGACCGCUGCGAUGCUGCGUGUCCCCCAGGAUUUUUUGGCGAGCGGUGCGAGGAGCAAUGCGACUGCAUUCACAGCGUGUCCUGCCACCCCCAAACUGGAGCCUGUCGCUGCGCCAAGGGCUGGCGAGGCAGGCACUGCGACAAACCCUGCUUGCCUGGCCACUAUGGUGUGGGUUGUUCCCAGCGGUGCCGCUGCCCUGCAGGAACCCCCUGCCACCACCUGAGUGGUGAGUGCGGCUGUCCUCCGGGAUUCACCGGCCACAGCUGUGAGAGAACUUGUCCACCAAACACGUACGGCCAGAGCUGCAGCCAAGCCUGUCGUUGCCGUGCCGAGGAGGACUGUCACCCCGUCACCGGGCGCUGCGUGUGCCGCCCCGGGUACCACGGGGCCCGCUGCGACCGCCGGUGUCCGAAAGGUACUUACGGUUCAAACUGCCAAAAAUCCUGUAAGUGCAUGAACGGAGGCCACUGCGACCCGGUGUCGGGAACUUGCGAUUGCGGGCCUGGUUUCAUUGGAGCCGACUGUGGUAAAACUUGCCCUGAAAAUCGAUACGGGAAGGACUGCGCCCUGUUCUGUGCCUGUGGUAAAGGUCAGUGUGACCCACAGACUGGCAGCUGUACCUGCCCUCCUGGCCAAACGGGACCUGGCUGUCAGCAAGUGUGUCCCCAGGGACGGUACGGCGCCAGCUGCCGCCUGACGUGCACCUGUCAGAACGGUGCUAUCUGUGACCAUGUGGAUGGCAGCUGCACCUGUGGACUCGGAUGGACAGGAAAACGGUGUGAGAAAGAAUGUCUCCCUGGCACAUACGGCCCCGACUGCAGCUUGGAGUGCUUGUGCCAGCACAAUGGCACCUGCGACAGGUUCACGGGCUGCUGCCGCUGCCCCGCGGGGUUCUACGGGCGCUCCUGUGAGCACGGGUGUCCCCCUGGGUUUUAUGGGCUGAGCUGCCUUCAUGCAUGUGCCUGUAAAAACGGAGCGAGCUGCGACGCCGUGACGGGACAGUGCGUUUGUCCCUUGGGGUACCAGGGUAUCCACUGCGAGAAAGGCUGUGCCAGCGGGCGCUUUGGUGAGCGGUGCCAGCGCCGGUGCGACUGUGGAGGAGCUCCCUGCGACCUGGCCACGGGGAAGUGCCUCUGCCCACCUGGGAAGACUGGGGACAAAUGUGACAUCGGCUGCCGGUCAGACCAGUACGGCCCCGACUGCUCUCUGCGAUGCCAGUGUGCCAGCAAGUCCCAGUGCAACCCGUACAAUGGGAAAUGUGUCUGUCCAGCCACGUGGAUGGGGCCAACCUGCAAGGAAGGUGGCCCUCCAAAGCUUCCUUUUUAUGAAGAACAAACUCAAGAAAGAGGGAAUAUUUUUCCGAGAGCUCUACAACAGUAACAUUUGGACUAAUAAAUGAACUCUUUUAUAUGCACAGACGGUAUUUGAAUUUGGAUAUGAAAACAGCUAUUCAAUUCAGCUUGAAUUGUACUGAAGUAUUCACACUUCUUAUGGAAGACUACAGAGGCCAUUUAGUAGCUGGAUCCAUUUAAAAAGUUGAAUCUGUUUCAUGUAUUUAUUCCUAGCUUGUUACCUCUCCAUUAGUCUACUUGGGACAUUCUUUCUGAUAUGUAGUAUAAUUCGUUGCUUGAAAGCUUGGACAUGUGAGUUUUUUGUUUUGUUUUUUUGCUUUUUGUAACACCAGCUCCAAAGAGGAUUGGUAACAUACCAAUUUAGAGUCAUGCCAUGUUAAAUGAGCGUUUCAGAGAUUAUGAAGCCAAUACGUGUUCACUGCAAAAUCGUGUUGCACAGAAACUAGUGGGAUUCACCAAAUUAAUUCGUCUGUGAAAAACACUGUAUGUUGUAGAAAAGCAUCCAGUCUAAUCUUAAAAUUGUAACUGGUGAAGAAUAUGCCACAAUCUUUGAUAAGUCAUUAAUUCAUUUGAGAAUACAUAUCACAUUUUGAGUGUGGACUGUCUAACUGGAAGGUCUCCAUCCAUAUCUUGCUGGCAACUGAGGCAAGAUGUUAGUGUCAGGCUCCCCUGGUUUUCUGUGUUCUCCCAUCUCAUCAGUGGAGUUUCUCAGCAGUUUAAGUCAAACUGUACAGCAGUUCUUGUAAAACUCUUCCUUAUAAUGGAGGAAGCUUUAUCUCGGAUGGAGAAAGCAGAUAGCGAGGAUAGAUGUGUAACAAUAAUCUGUGUGCUCUUUAUGUAAAGGAUUAUAAUGUGCUCUUACCACACAAUAAUUUAACUGUCAGCUUUAAAAAGUCCUGAUACCAUUCAACAGCUGCUGUUGGUCACUUAGAACAAGGUCUUUUUGGUGCUAUUUUUGUCUGUAUAGACAAGCUGUUCUUCUAUUAAUGACUUGGUCCUAUAUUAGAAAUAAUGUUCUUUUUUUUAGAAUUCUGAAUUAAUGAAGCUAAAAGAUUUCGGAGUAACUGUUUAUAGUUCUCUUUAGGUUAAGAGUUACAAUAUGUGCUCAGUAACCUCUUGAGUCUGACUAAAUCAGAGGUGCCCUUGGUCAAAGGCACCAGGAUCAUGGGCUCUGCUGACCACAUAGCACAGGCUGCUCCAGGUUUUGUGUUCGUACUAGCAUUGCCAUUCACACUCCACAACGAAUCACAACUCUGCAAGGGAUUUUUGCCAUAGAAGAGAGAAAGUGACAACAAUUGCUCACUUGUGAUUUUUAAUCAUGUUUAUGGUUGCAGUUGGAUAACGAGUAUGUGAAGCAGCAUUUACCCCUCGGUUCUCCUCAAGUCUUAAACCAAUCUGCAGUCAGAGGUGCCCGGUACGAAGCAAGUAAUGCUUGCUCACCUGGAACUGCAAUUCAAGCUGUGAUCUUUUGGAAGCAAUAAACGUUUACUAGGUGUUUUUUUCAAGCCUCGUGGAAGUCUUAUUGUUGUUGUUCAAAACUUCAUGGGUAUUGGAAGCCAUUCUAAACUCGGUAGAGAUAUUUGUGACCGUGACCAGAUUAAUUAACCAACUGUGCUUUCAGCCAGAAGAUCUCAGGAGCUGAUCCUGAUCUUGUCGUUUCUUUAUGAUAGCUCUGUAAACUGCUAGAAACUUUGCUUGAUGUGAAUGUGACAAAUUUGUUGUUUCCAAACUAGUCAGAAGUGAGUUGUUCUCAGCAGGAUUUUUUCUGUAAGCCAUGGCAGUUAAAAUGUUCUUUUGGUGAUGUGCUGGUCUGAUCUCCAGCUGUGAAGUUGGGGCAUUUUCACUGCAUUGGAACUGCUAAGGUAAAUCUAGUGCAAGACGAUUAGAUGUCAUUGUAGUAACUGAUGAAGAAAAAACAUGUCCGGAUCAACCAAUAGUCGUCUUUUGAUUUCAACUACAUAUUUACCACAGAGCCAAACUGUAAUAGUAGUGUAAGCACCGCCUUAUAUUAAAGAUUUUUCAUGUUAAAGAAUGAGAUAGGAAGAGACCUGAAGGUCCAGGUUUCUCCUAGGGCCACCUUCAAAGUUAAAUGAGAUUGCUCAGAGAUUCAUCCAGUUGUUUCCACUAUCUCCAAGGAUGCAGAGCCCACAGCCCCUUUGGGGCCACGCCCUGAUGAAAAUUUAAUACUGAUGAUUUAUUUUUUCCUAGUUUCUAACCAGAAUUUUCCACAUUUCAACUUCCAUCCACCACUUCUCAUCCUUUCAAAGUGCAUCUCUGAGAAGAGCUUGGCUUCAUCUUGUCUGCAGCCCCCAUGGGGUGGUUGAAGACGGCAGUAGACCCUCCCAUGGUCUUCUCUUACGAAGACUGAGGACGCAUGGCUCCCUCAGCCCCCCUCACACGAUGUGUGCCCCAGUUUCUGCUUGCCAUGCUGAUCCUCCACUGGCCCUGGUGAAGUUCAUUGAACAUAGCAGUUUUCAGAAAGAUGCUCAAUGUCUGGUAUGGUUACUCAGCAGCUAAUGCAUAAAACCUUACAUUUUACUGUUUGACAGCAGUUUAUAAAACAUACAGUUUUUUUCUUAUCUACGUACAUGUGAUUGGAGCAGCUAAUCAAAGGGGAAACUUGAUUCUCAAGCCAUAUUCUUUACACCUGUGUACCGUGUUUACAUUUUCCACAGCAACUUGAUAUUGGAACUGUAAAUAUGUACUAUAAAGGAAAUAAAAGAUUUCAUGUUAA